GCCUUCCCCAUGUUAUGGGACGAGGGAGGACCGUGAAAAAAUUAGAACGCCUAUUGUAUCUGCACGGGAGGGAGCACGGGAACGAAGCUUCCUCCUGUCUUGUCUCGAGUAAAGCAGCAUAAGAAGCGAGGCGAAGUAAGCGUUGUGCAGACGACAAGACACAGGACCGACGAAAGGCACCCCAUCUCCAAAUUCCACACACAACUAGACAGUGGCGCUUGGCGACCAAACCAGAUGAAGAUGCAGAGGACGAAGAAUAGCCGGCCGCGGAUCGCCGGCGUUCGGUCAGGCCGGUCGCGACGCAGCGGUAACAGCAGCAGCGCCGGCUGGAGGCUUGGGCUGCCCGUGCAAACGAGGCAGCGGUUGAGGAGGGAGGGGAGGAUCCUGAAGCGCUCCGCUUCCGAGCCGGCGCUCUGGUACGACGCGCGCGUUCACCCCGUUCCUCUGCCGCAGGGUCUCUCCUCCCCGCCGCCGCCUUUGCUCGAGCGUCCGCACACCUGCUACGACGUCUUCUCCCCGGACUCCACCUUUGCCGGCUCCACCUCCUUGUCCAACCCCAGCCCCUGGGAGGAGGCGAAGGUGGUGGUCAACGUGACUGUGGAGGGGAGCGCGGGGCCGGUGAAGGCGAUGGUGAGGCUUGGCUCGACUAUCCGGGAGGCUAUCGCCGCCGUCCUAGAGCGGUACGACAGGGAGGGGAGGAGCCCCCGGCUUGACCCGGCCUCUGCCGGCUCCUUCCAGCUCCACCACUCUCACUUCUGCCUCCAGAGUUUGAACAAAGAUGACAAGAUUGGGGAUGUAGGAGGUAGAAAAUUCUACCUACACAAGAAUGUUGGAAGUAACGGGCUUUCCCUCCAGAGUGAUGAACCUGAUGUAAAUUUAAGUGGUCGAGAAAUUACUCAGAGCUAUUAUGGUGGUGGUGGACAACUUGCUGGUUUUCCAUACCACCACCAGUUCUUUUCUAUUGUCAUGAAAAAGCUAGAUAAAAUCGGUAGACGAACGAAAAGGAUCUGGAGGGUCUUGACAUGUGAUUGCACCUGACCCUGUGGAUCAUGAUAAAUGUAGCUAACAAGUACUCCCUCCGUUUCAUAAUUCUUGUCUCAAAUUUGUCCAAAAAUGGAUGUAUCUGUUCCUAAAAAGCGUCUAGAUAUAUGUAAUAUUUCGACAAGAAUUAUGGAACGGAAUGAGUAUUUACUAUGUAGUUUAGAUCCUAGCACUAGUUAAUCAGUACACUGAGGUAUUGAUUAUGAAGCAGAUGAAAGCCGAACCACAUUAUAGAUUUUCCAGCACCUUCCUACCAGACGUCAGCCAGCUACUUUUAUUGUUGGCUAACUGUCUAAGGAUAACCAUGAUAAGGAUUAUGGCUGAACCAUAGUACUCCCUCUGAUCUUAAAUUCUUGACUUAAAUUUGUCCAAAUAUGGAUGUAUCUAUUCUUAAAAAACGUCGAGAUACAUGAAAUAUUUCGACAACAAUUUAGGACCGGAGGGAGUAGUAAAAAGCCCCACCUUACUACCGAAUGUAAGCUAUUUUUAUGAGAUCUUUAUUUUUAUUGAUGGCUGAAAAUUCAUAAGUGGAAUGUAUGUGCUUUUCUUUCGGAGGAAAAUGUUUGUAAUUCAAAUUCUUGCGUAAUUUAUGGUGUUGGCAUGAAACUUCUAUAGAUUUAGAUUGAGAUGAGAAAA